AUGGUAGGCCAGAUCACAUACACUGAGGAGCAGAUUCUCUUCAUUCUGCGCUUGUCUCUUGAAAACGAGAAGCGCAACGAGAUUUUGAGACAGUACCACCAGCGCUUCAACAAGCCUCUCACUGCUUCACAGCUUCGAUAUGUGAAGGGCAAGUACGGCCAUGACCCCGAGUUCGGCACGGCGUUGAUCAAUGGAGCUCUUCCCACAAAUGGGGGUGCCAGAAAGACAGCACCUCCUUCGCCGCCGCCAAAGCAGAAAACCCGAAUAGUGAUUAAGAGGCCCAACAACUCCAUCAACCAAGGUUCUUCAAACACGCAUUCACCCUGCCCAACUCUGCCAGGGCCAAUUCAACACCGCGGUCCUCAGCACAUUACCACUGGCCAUGCUCCUCUUCACUGCCAAGACCGCGCCUUCACCGGAUAUCCCCAGCAAACGAUACGAACCCAAUCUUCACUUCGGUACGAAGCAUAUCCUCAGCCCACAGGUAUCACGAACAAUGCCGUAUCCAGCCAUCAGCCACCACCCCAGCCGGACCCAGCCUGGGCGCCAAUCUGGGAUCCUGACCACCCUUACGGCUAUCAACCCGUCCUGGAGCACUACAAGACUCAGUACAACCUCAAUGGCUCAAGCAAGCCGGCCACCAAGCGCAAGCGCGAAGACUCUGAUGACUUUGGGGAGCAGGCGAAUGGAGCAUCUCUCCAAGAAGAAUAUGCCGUCGACGCCAAGCGUGUGAAGAUGGAGUCACCGGCCAUGAAUCUCCAGUACGCAUACCCCGACUACGAUCCGGCCGUCGCCCACAACUCCUCCUGGUACCAGACCCAGGUAUCUGAGACCACGCAAAUGAACGAGAACAUCGCUCAAGCUGUGUCGCCUCUCACCGGCUUACUCAACCAAAUUGAUACCGAGUUUCUGGCUCAAGGCAACUCUCCCCUCGCAAUGUCUACGGCGCCUAGCUUUUCAACAUUGCCAAUGUGUCAUCCAUACACCGGAGCGAUGACCACAGCCCCGAUCUCCGCCUCAUACCUCCAGACUCCCCAAAUGGGCUACUUUGACCCCUACCCAGACGCGACUUGGUGCCCCGGCAUGGACACAAAUGGGACCUUACUGGCAUCGUCUCCAAACUCUUUGCCCUCGCUGUCCAAUCAGAAUUCUGGAGUUUCAAGCAACGAGACAACGUCCUCGUGGACGACCCCAUACCUCGACAACAUGAACGAGGACGGCUGGCACAACACCUCCAGCCCUUUGGAGAACUCCCUUCUCAGCACACCAAUGUUUCAUCCGGCCUUAAAUCAGGCCUUGACUCCGUACAUGGACCCGGCUCUCCUCGAUGACGACCAGAGUGGCGCAGAGACGGGCCAGACGCAAUGUUCUGAUCAUGCCGUCAAGCAGGAAGAAGACACGAUGCGUUCCGACGAAGACGGCACCUUCGACUGGGAGGACAUGUUCGAUUUUGGAAGCAGCACGAACGACGAAAGUGGACAAUCUCAGGAUUGA